AUGAAGUCCCGCGCAAUCCGUUGCCUUUUCGGGCGCCCGACCCCGGAGCAGCAGGCCAGAACUCGCGCUUUCCUGGACGCCGCCAACGAGAGAUACCGUCAGGAACAAAUCGAAAAGUGGGGAUUCGACUUCGACCUGGGAACCCCUGUCCCGAGCACUUCCGGCUACGUCUACGAAGUCCUUCCACAGAAAGAAGUCCCAGAGUUCUACAGGUAAACAACCUCUUCCUUGCCUUCAUUUCCUCAAAGUGUUCAUUUCCAGACCGAAGCUUCUCACCGUCGACAUCUCUUCGCCGUCUUCUCUGGAUCUGAGCUCGACGACACUCACUCCCCUCAGUUCGCCGAGCACUUCGGACAACACGGAGAGUCUGCUGGCUGCCGACAGUUCGUUUGAGAACGAGGAUGAGCCGAAGGAUUGGAAGUUCACGGAGCCGUCCACUUCGAGAAAGUCGCCGACGAAGCGUCAGAUGGAGAAGAAGAUGACGGCGUUCAUGCACGUGUCCCGCAAGAAGAGCUCUCUUUCCUCUAUCAAGUCCGCCUCGCCGUCCCCGAAAAGCUCGUUCUCCGUGAAGUCCCGCCGUUCGUCGACGACUAGCAAUCCCUAUUAG